ACUGUCAAAGCUGUUAAGAAAGCUUCUACUAAAGCAGUGAGUAAGAAAUCAGCCAAAAAGGCAGUUGGAUUCAAAUACACUAGAGAUACCGAAUGUAAGUUCAAAUUUGGUGCUCAUGUAGGAAUGUCGGGGGGUAUUUCAAAUGCAGUGACGAAUGCCAUGGAUAUUGGUGCUAAUAGUUUUGCCUUAUUCUUGAAAUCUCCUAGAAAAUGGGUAUCUCCUGAUAUUAAGGAUGAAGAAGCAGAGAAAUUCAUUCAAUUAUGUGAAGAACAUAAUUAUAAUCCAAGAACUGACAUUCUUCCUCAUGGAUCUUAUUUUAUCAACUUGGCUAACCCAGAUAAAGAAAAGGAAGAUAAGGCAUAUGGAUCAUUUCUUGAUGAUUUAAAAAGAUGUGAAAAAUUAAAUAUCGGGUUAUAUAAUUUCCAUCCUGGUUCAAGUCUUGAUUCAGAUCAUAAAGAAGCUUUACAAAGAUUAGCUAAAAAUAUAAAUAAAGCCAUCAAAGAAACCUCAUUUGUUAAAAUUGUAAUUGAAAAUAUGGCAGGUCAUGGUAAUUUGAUUGGAUCAAAUCUUGAAGAUAUUAAGGAAGUGAUUGAUUUAAUUGAUGAUAAAUCAAGAGUUGGUGUUUGUCUUGAUACUUGUCAUUCUUUCGCUGCUGGAUAUGAUAUAACCACUGGUGAAAAAUUUGAAAAGUUCUUAAAUGAUUUCGAUGAAAUAAUAGGUCCAGAUUAUCUUAGUGCUAUACAUUUAAAUGAUUCAAAAGCUCCAUUAGGUGCAAAUCGUGAUUUACAUCAAAAAUUAGGAUAUGGUUUCUUAGGAUUAGAAGUGUUCAGAGUAAUUGCAAAUUAUCCAAGACUUCAAAGUAUUCCAAUCAUUUUAGAAACUCCAGUUGGUGAUAAUGAUUCUAUUUAUGGUGAAGAAAUCAAACUCUUAGAAUGGUUGCAAGAUAAGAAAGAAACUGAUUCAGAAUUCGUCCAAAAGAGAGAUGAACUUUCUAAAUUAGGAGCUACUGAAAGAGCAGAACAUUUAAAGAAAUUUGAAGUCAAACAAACCAAAACUAAAGCCACAAAGAGAAAAGGUGAAGCUAGCAUAACAGACUUGGUCACUAAAAAGAAAGUUAAAAAGGAAUAG